GGUUCUCUACAAUUCAGAAUUUAUUUAGAUUGUGUUUGAGUCUACUCAUACGCUCGCUCAUUUCGCAUCAGUUAACGUUUGUUGGUUUAGCAAAGAGGUGGUGCUCGCACCUCGCACAAAGUUUAAAAAAUGUUUAUAACGAUCACCUUAAUCGUGUCGGCAGUGACAGCUAUUUAUCUGUACCUAACAUGGCAUUUUAACUAUUGGAAGAAACUCAACGUGCCCGGUCCUAGCCCAUUACCUGGUUUGGGCAAUUUCCCUUCGUUUAUUACACAAAAACGACCCGUUGCAGAGGAGAUGGAUGAGAUUUACAGAGAAUAUAAACCAAAGUACAACUUUGCCGGAGUGUUCAGCAAUCGAUCGCCGAGAAUCAUGAUCACAUCAGCGGAACUGGCCAAAGACAUUUUGGUGAAAAAUUUCAAAAACUUCCACGACAACGAAUUUGGCGAGUUGACAAACAAAGAGAUCGAUCCACUAUUGGGUCGUAAUCCGUUCUUGUUGGAUGGCAGCGAGUGGAAAGCAAAGCGCGCCGAAGUAACACCUGCGUUCACCACUUCUCGAAUGAAGGCGUUAUUCCCGUUGGUUGAGGAUGUAUGUUCCAGAAUGACAAAAUACUUGAUUAAAAACCGUGGAAGUGUAAUUGAUGCUAAAGAGCUGUCUGCUAAGUUCACUACUGAUGUUGUUUCCAGCUGCAUCUUUGCAUGUGACGCUCAAUCAUUCACCAGUGAGAAACCAGAAAUCCGCGAGCAAGGACGAAAGCUCAUCGAGCAAACCUUUUCUUCGUUUAUGCUUCUGUUGUUCAUCGUAAAUUUUCCAACCUUGGCCAAAAUUUUCCAUGUCGGUUUUAUUCCAAAAUCAAUGGAAAAGUUUUUCACUAAUUUGAUGAAAGAUGCUGUACGCUAUCGUGAUGCAAGCGAAACGAACAGAGCUGAUUAUCUCGAUUAUCUAAUUACUUUGAAGAAAAAGAAGGAACUGUCUGAGCUUGACAUGGCUGCUCACGGAGUGACAUUCUUUAUCGAUGGAUUCGAAACAUCUAGCGUGGCUAUUUCGUUCAUGUUGUAUGAAAUUGCAAAAAAUCCUACAGUUCAGAAACGGUUAAGACAAGAACUUAAAAAAGUCACUACUGACAAUGGAACAGUUUCAUAUGACUCUCUCCUCGAACUUUCUUAUCUGGAUCAAGUUGUGAACGAAAGUCUACGUUUGUGGCCACCAGCAGCAUUCAUGUCGAAGAAGUGCACAGAACCGAUGGAACUGCCUCUUACAGCAAAUCGAAGUGUUACCAUUGGAAAAGAAGUUUGCGCCAUAAUUAACAUCUGGUCGCUUCAUCGUGAUCCGGAGUACUUUGACGAUCCACUGACUUUCAAUCCGGAUCGAUUCAGUCCAGAAACGGGUGGCACUAGCCCUUACAGAGAGAAGGGUUGCUUUGUCCCAUUUGGUGAAGGACCUCGGCAAUGUCUGGGAAUGCGAUUUGCUCGUAUGCAGGUCAAACGUUGUCUGUACGAAGCGGUGACAAACUUUGCGAUCACGGUUAACCCCAAAACGAUGGAACCUAUGAGGUUGGACCCUAAGCAAGUUCUGACUAUGCCAUUAGGUGGCAUUUGGUUGAAUUUUGAGCCUAUUUCCAAGUGAAAUUGUUUUAAUUAGGAUUUCUAUCGAUUGCUCGAAGUUAAGUGUGAUUGAACAGUUUGCUCUCUGUCAAGAUUGUUACAGUUAUUUCAGUGAAUAAAAAUUUUAUUGACCAAAACAAAA